AUGGAUGGUUCUGAGGACAAUAAAAACUGCGCACCCGAGGAGAAAACCAAUCAUUGCGACGUGUGUUCCAGACAGAAUUUAAAAGCUAAUGGUUGCUUUUGGUGUGUAGACUGUAGUGACAUGCUCUGUACGAAAUGCCGCGACAUCCAUAACUCUAUAAGAUCAACCAUGAAGCAUGAAGUUUUAGCAAAAUCUAAAAUAUCAAGUUCGAAAGUGUUCAGAAGAAAUCUGUUCUGCGAAGACCAUUCUGACAGAAAGUUAGAAGUUUACUGCUUUGAUCAUGAGAAGCCAUGUUGUCUAAUGUGUGCUACCAUCACUCACCGAAAAUGUGAUCGAGUAGAGAUCCUUGAAAAGUGUGCGAAGUCGGUGAAAACCGAGGACGUGGAUUCGUUAUUGGAAAGUUUCAAAAAAUUGCGAAAAGGAUACAUAACAAAGCAGGAAAAAGAGAGGGAAAAUCACUCGGAAUUCAAAUCCAGUUGUUCUCAAAUAGCAACUGAUAUCAAGGGUAAAUCCGGGAAAAUGAUCCUACACAUCCAAAACGAGCAAGAACUUUUGCAAGAUCUUUCAAAUAUCGAAAAAAGUCAAAAUGAGGAAUUUGAAAAGAAAAGAGAAAUGUUUGAAGAAACCAGCAAAAUAAUUUCUCAGAACAUCGAUGUUUUAACUGAUGUCAAAAGUUUGAGUAUCGUAAAUAUGUUUCUAGAAACAAACAAAUGUAAGAAACUGCACACUUAUUUAAAUGAUGACUAUGCAAAGCGGAAAAGUCCAGAUGAAAAAUAUUCCGUGUCUUUGGAAUUACAUAGUUUUGUUGUGAAUUUUGACACCACUUUCACAUCUUUCGGUAGAUGUACAUUGAAUGGGAAGAGGGGUCAAGUUAACCUUCUUGAGGACAGCCUCGAGAUGGUUUCCCGCAUUUCAUGUAAGGAUAGCGUCACGGAUCUAGAAAUUAUCGACGAAAAUUACAUUAUUGUUUUUUCCCAGACUGGCCGUUCAGUACAUCUCUAUAACAUUGACGGUUCACACAAAGCGAGUAUUCAAUUCAGUAGUGAACUUUGGGCAAUAUCACGAUGGGGAGAAAACUUUGCAGUAGCCUGUAGGGGAGACAACUCGAUUCGGGUUCUUAGUGUAACAUUUCAUCUACCAGGUCUUUCUCUUGAUAGAUCCAUUCAGCUGGACUACAAACCAUCAGGAGUGGCCGAAAAGGGAGAGGAUCUCUUGGUUUUGUGUGGCUCAAAAAUGCUAAAAAUUACAAAGGCUGGAAAUAUUUCUGUAUUAUUCAAAAUAACUUCUGAUUGUUCAUACGGCUUCUGUUGUGCUACCCGGGAUGCAAUUUUGUUUACAGAUCCAAAUAACAGCGGACAGUUAUACUGUAUGAAGAAUAGAGAAUAUUUUCAAAAUCUGUUUGAAAGAAAGUACCCUGAAGUGAAACAUCCAUGCGGUGUUGCCACAGAUUCCAAAGGAAAUAUUUACUUGGUUGGUUUUUCGUCAGCAACACUGGUUCAGCUUUAUACGGACGGAACGUUUGUACGGACAUUGAUAAAGAAUCACAGAGAAGUAAUAUAUCCCCAUGGGGUACGGAUAUAUGAAGAUGUUAAUUCAGUUAAGCUAUUUCUGGCCACUGGUAAUAUUAUAAAUGUGUACACGUUUACUCGUUUAGAAUAA